UUCUGUGCGGACAACCCUUGGUGUGUUUGCAAAUGCGAUAAGGAUGUGCUGUAUUCACUAUCGACAUGUUGGGGGGCAGGUGUCCACCUGGCUAGAUCGAGCAAAGGAAUACAAUGGAGGCCGCUACAGCGAGUCCUACGUGGAGAACACAAAGGCCUUGACCAGGCUCCUCCCAUUGUGCAUCCUACAAGUCCUGUAUAGAAUUUGUAUCACGCAGGUUGCAUCUGGAUACUUCAUUCAAUCUAUGAACACAAACUUGAGCUUAAAUGGGGUUCUGCUGCCGAUUGCGGUAAUGAAGAUUCUAAGCAUAAUCCCAAUCCUGAUUCUGGCUCCUUGUCUAGAGAGCAUCAACUCAUUUCUGUUUUCCCGACGUGGGUACGGACUACAGCCCGGAACAUCAAUAGUUUGUGGCCAUGUUGGUGCCGCCUUCUCGCUGUUCGUCGCUGGAAUCUAUGAAAUCCAUCGCAAGUGGUUCCCUCUAGUGGAACAGACCCUUUCAGGAAAGGUUUUAUUAGUGUCUUCAAUGUCCUGUCUCCACUUAGCCCCUCAAUACGCCUUGCUGGGCGUUGCAGAAGCAAUGGUGGCUCCAGCUUGUUCCUUUAUAAUAUUUCGCCUGGCUCCGAUUCGGAUCAGAAGCAUCUGCAUGGCCGUUAUGACUCUCUUCCAGGCAAUGGGCUGCUUUUUAGGAGCACUUCUCAUCCGAUCAGUGUUUAUAGCAUCAGAAGGGGACUGGUACCCGACCAUCUUGUCAAAUGGCCAUUUAGAGAGAUUCUUCUUCGUGUUGGCCUCCGCUAUGCUCCUGAACUCACUGGCUUUCUGGCGAAUCUCUCACAGGUACCGGGAUCUGGAUGAACACAGCGACCAAGGAUUCAGACAGAGUCUCUUAGAGGAGAACUUACUGCUCCAUGAAAAGUCCCUGAAGUUUUAUGACUCUGUCCUGGAUUGGCCGUCACCUUAUACCCCUAUGGAGACCAGACUGUGAUUGUAAUCUGCCCCAGGUAAUGCAGGCGUUACCUGCUCACAAGACGCUGAUCUCAUACACACACAGAGGCGGCCUGGGGCUGACUGCGCUAUUCUGGUCUGCCACGCUAUUGGACACAAUGUCAUAUUAUAUAGAAAUAUAUACAGCAAUACAAAUAAUUCAUGCAUAUUACAAGUGGGGUCAUACACAGGGCGGGUGUACUAAAGGGAAAAUGCAGUAAAACCCCCGUUUUCAGGGGUCUUACCUCAUUUUCAUAUGUACUAAGACCCGGCCGCCGGGUUUUCGCAGCUGAUGGCGAUACCCUAUAGAAGCCUAUGGGCUUCUUUUCGCCGGCCGCUCAUUCCGCCGCUCCCCGCUGCAGACCCUCCUCCUCCCUGGCAUACCUGCCUCCAGGAAGCCUGGACCCAGAAGGUAAACUCCUUCUCUCCCUAGCAACGCAGCCGGAGGAGGCACCGGGAACAGUCUGCUGCCGUGUUCCCAGCAGCUGAGGAGAGGGAGAGUCCAGGGAGGUGACAGAGACAGGUAAUGCGGGGGGCCUCC